CUUAGAGUUGGGUGAAGGGAGGAAAAAAAAAGAGGUUGGGAGGGAGCGAGCGAGGCAGGGAGCUGGGUUUAGCCAUGCUCCCGAAUCGUUGCAACAAACCCUGUUGGUGGAAGGCCAGUGUUUGGGAAUGAUUUACCUCAUUGGUAGAAGACGCAUUCAGACAAGGACUCCACACUGGUGAUGAGGACAUGGGACUCCUCUUGUCAGCUUCCAGCAGGUUCAGUACAAUUGACCUCCUGAUCAGCACUAAGGGCGAACCUUGGUUUGGUUUAUUACCUCAUUGCUACAGAACUAUUACUGUCAAAGGCUGAAGGUUCCACAUUUUGAGUAGAAUGCAGAGUAAACUUGUCUAAUGAGGAUGUCUGAUACUAGUAUUAUAAAAGAAGAAGCUGAAGCAAUGAGGGCGAAAGAAAAAUCCCUUAAGCAGACAUCAUUAACGGAAAGUCUGGUAAAACCAGAAAUCCAUGAACCAAAGGCAGGAGAAAAGAAUGAAAGUUGUAUGGAUAACAGAAUUGACUCUCAGAGACAAAUACAAAGUCUUGGACAGGCGGGGAAAAGGUCAAAGUCAAAUGCAAAGUUAAAGCUAGUAAGGAGCCUGGCUGUGUGUGAAGAGUCUUCUCCUCCGCCCACAGCUGAUGUUCCACAGGAUAAUCAGGACAAAAUUCACCUCCAGUUAACACAAGCAUUUGAUAAAGAAGAACAGACCAUAAAAGAUGAAGCUGAAAAGGAAGAAUGCGCAGAGAAACCAGAUAAAAUAAAUAAAAAAAUGUUAUCGAGAGAUUCCAGCCAAGAAUACACAGAUUCCACUGGAAUAGAUCUUCAUGAAUUUUUAGUAAAUACUUUGAAAAAUAAUCCCAGGGAUAGAAUGAUGUUGCUGAAGUUAGAACAAGAAAUUCUGGAUUUUAUCAGUAAUAACAAUAUUCAAUAUAGGAAGUUUCCUCCAAUGACCUCCUAUCAUAGGAUGUUGUUGCACAGAGUGGCUGCAUACUUUGGCUUGGAUCACAAUGUUGACCAAACAGGAAAAGCUGUGAUCAUAAACAAAACUAGCAACACAAGAAUACCUGACCAGAAGUUUUGUGAACAUAUAAAAGAUGAUGCAAGUGAUGAUUUUCAGAAGCGAUAUAUCUUAAAACGAGAUAACUCAAGCAUUGACAAAGAUGAUAACCAAAUACGUAUCAGAUUGCGGGAUGAUAGAAGAAGCAAAUCAAUAGAGGAGAGGGAAGAGGAAUAUCAGCGGGUCAGAGAUAGGAUAUUUUCUCAAGAUUUAUCAUUUUCCCAGGAUAAUUACUUUACAGAUAAAAGAAUUCAUGAAGAAGAAGCUGCUAAUAGCACACAACAAAGGCGACAAAUAUUUAGAGGAAAUAAGGAUGGAACUGGGAGAUCCUCCAAUAGUCGGCAGAGCAGUACUGAAAAUGAGCUGAAGUGGUCAGAGCCACGUCCUUGGAGCAGUACGGACUCUGAUAGCUCAAACCGCAAUCUGAAACCAGCAAUGACAAAAGCUAGCAGCUUUAGUGGAAUUUCUGUACUGGCAAGAGGUGAUAGCUCUGGUAGCAGCAAAAGUACAGGCAGGCUUUCAAAAGCAGGUUCAGAGUCUUCUAGUAGUGUAGGGUCAUCCACGGGUUCCCUCUCUCGCACCCAUCAACCUCUUCCAGUCACAGCUAUGAGCCAGACUCAUGGUGUGCCAGCCGUCUAUUCAGCUGUCAACACUAGUAAUUCUCUUUCCUUUGAUGGUGGCAUGAGUGGGCAAGUGAUUCCUACUAGCACUAGCUUCUUUUUGCUUCCCUUGGAAGCUGCAGGCAUACCACCUGGCAGUAUUCUCGUGAACCCUCAAACAGGGCAACCAUUUAUGAAUCCAGAUGGUACAGCAGUAGUGUAUAAUCCACCUCCAGCCCAGCAGACUAUAAGGAACUCUAUGGCUGGUCCUGCACAGCAACCACCACCUGUUCCACAACAGCAGCAAGUAGCAAAUCACAUCCUUUCUCAGCCAAUUCGGGCUCUGCAGUCUUCUUCACAGCCUAUCCAGUACUCUGCGGUCUCUUACCCACCACAACUCCUGCCAGUAUCACCCACCCAGCAAUACACUCAAGAAAGUCUUGGAGCCCAGUUUAGCCAGAUGAGUCUUGGCCGUCAGCCAUCUGCUGAAGCUCCAGAUAGCCACACUGCCAUAUUCCCAUCAUCUGUCAUGCUUCAGCCACAACAGCAGCCUGGAUUUAUUAUGGCAUCUCCAGGACAGCCACUUCCUACAUCUAACUAUUCUGCCUCUGGUCCAUCAGUUAAUCAACAGGUGCUUCAACAGCAGGGAUAUGUGCAGCAGCCUAUGCAGCAGCUGUCUAGUUGUUACUGUGCUCCAGGUCAGUACCCCCAUUCUAAUCAACAGUAUCGACCUGUAGCCCCUAUCCAUUACAACACUCAGCAGAACCAGCCAUUGUCACAAACUGCCCAGCAAACAGGCUUUCAAGCAGUGAUGUCAAUGUCAAGUCAACAGCAGAGCUAUCAGGGCUUGGUUACUGUUCAGCCUCAAAAUCAAAAUGUUGUGAGUGGCCAACAUAGCAAUGUGGGCAGUCAGAUGCAAAGCAUGAUGAUACAGUAUCCUUCAAUGCAGUCCUAUCAGAUGUCAUUAACUCCAGGCUCCCAAGGCGUGGGUCAACAGUCUUAUCAGCCAAUUCUAAUCCCAGGUCAUUCAAACCAAGGUCCUUUACCUUCUGCAGGAAUGCCAGUCUAUUACAGUGUUAUCCCACCAAAUCAACAAAAUAGUAUGAGUUCAUCAGUAGGUUAUCUGCAACCUCCAGGAACUGAUCAGAUGCAAUUCCCUCGGCCAUCUUCCCCAUGCAAUUCUCAACAGCUACAAAGCCAACAAUGUGCAGCUGUUGUGUCACCACAUGGCAGUGGAAUGCUUAUGAUGCAGCUUAGCAUACCCAACAAUCCUCAUCCUCGUGCUCAUUCUCCACCCCAGUGGAAGCAAAAUAAGUAUUUCACCUUGGACCAGAGAGGGCACAAAUCUGCAGAAUUUAACAACCCAGAUAUUACCACGCAGAGCAGCCCACAGAUAGGUAGUCCUGCCGUCUCUCCAGCCCAAUCUCCGGCACCACAACCAAUGACAACUAUUAAAAAUGUCCGCACUGGACUAGGACCGCUUCCAUUAAUGGCACAGUUUCCUCAACCUAUAGUCCCUGGACAAGGAGAUGGGCGCUACCCUUUGCUUGGCCAGCCUUUGCAGUACAACACUCCAAUCCGUCCUCUUCUCCAUGGGCCUCACAUAGUCUCAACACAACAGGGUCAGAAUUUGAAUAGGCAUGGAGGAAGAGGAAAGAAACAAACAAGAAAAGCAGCAUCAACAGACCUUGGUGCAGGAGAACCUGUUGUCAGCAGAGUCCUGGAGGUAACUGACCUACCAGAGGGAAUUAGUCGAACAGAUGCUGAUAAACUCUUAAAUGAACUCUUUAAAGCUGGUGCCAAGAUUCGAUGGCUGCGAGACGCUCAGCCACAUUGUAGUGGUGGUGGUAGUGGUGAUAGUAACGCAAACACAGAACACUCAAAACCUCCCAGUGACUUGGCAUCCAUGUACACAAUCAUAGCAAUGUUUCCUUCAAAACUAGCUGCUCAGAAUGCAUUGUUGAAACAAAAUAACUCCAGCAAAUUCAAACUGAGAACAAGCAAGAAGCACUACGAUUUUCACAUUAUGGAAAGGGCUAGUUCUCAGUAGUAAAUGCUGCACUGGACCUGCAGUCUCUUCCACUGUUUUUCCCUCCUCGAUUGGGCUUGUACAAUGGUUUCUGUUGACGUAUAGACUCCUGGAACGUUGGUGUUUUAUGAUCUAGCAAUUGAAGAAAAUCAGUGAUCCAGCAAAAAAAGGCGAUGAGUUUCCUAAUUUAUGUUCACCGUUGUCACAACAAAGUAUCUGAGCAUAUCACAAAACAGCGUCUUUACGUGGAGAAUGCUGUAGAACCACAGUACAAAUUUUAUAGCCUUUUUGUUUUAUAUCUGUGAAUCUUGUAUCCAAUCCAGAGCUCCAUUGUACAGCAACUCUUCUGUCAAUACCAUCAGCCAAUAAUUACUCGCCUUAACAGUUUUUUACCCAGCAGGACCAGCAAAAUGAGUUCAUUUUUUAAAAAAAAUCAAAAAAAUUUGAAGCCCAAAGUAGUGGGAACGAAGUGUUCCAUUAUCUUUCUUGGCUGGUCACUCGUGAUCUACAAAGAAGAAUAUGUGAAGUAAUGCCUUUAGGUGCAGCCUGAAGAUUUUGCAAUUUUCCACCUAGCCCCCAAUACCCUAUUUUUGGUCAACUUCAGAUUCAAUAAUUGGGCUCAUGAAAUUAUUUGUGUGGACAUUCUUUAUUUGUUGUUUAGAAGCCCCAGAUUGCAAUUUUUUUUGUGUUAUUUCUUAAAUGCUGGACAUUUGUUAGAAAGUUUGUGUUUUAAGUUCACCCAAUAUUGAGGAUCAAUGGACAUGAAUAUAUUUGUUACAUUAUUGUCAUACAAACCUAUCAUUCUUAUUGGUUGUGUGUAAACCUGCCAGGCUGUACAAUGUGUGCUGAUGCAAGUUCUCUGCUCCCCUCCCCUUCUCCCCCCCCCCCCCCCUCCUUUUUCAGUUCAAG